AUGGCUAAUCCUCACAUACCUGUUGAGUUCAAUAAAGAUGAUGAUGAAUUGAAAUGUCAUCCUUCCCAAAGUGGUUCCACUGCCACUCCUACCCUCUUUGAGAAUUCAAAUAAUUCUAAAGUGUUCUGUGCAUAGUUUUUUGAAGACCAACUGCAUCAAGAUGAUGAUGAGUUCGAUGAACUCAACCAGUAAUUAAACUAAGUGUUACUUAACGAUUCAUUCAAGCCCUCACUUACCUAGGCUUUUACAGCUGACAUGUCAUCAUAUCUUAGUCAUGAGAAGCUGACCAAAAAUUCUAGAAAGAUGUAAUUAGAAUAUUAGAAUGCCACUUUGAGGGAGAAAGAAUUUGUAUUCAACACUUAUAUAAAAAAUGACAUUGAAAACUUUAGUCUUGAUAAGUACAAACAUUACAUCCUUGAAAAAAUCAUUGAAGUUGGUCCCCCAUCCCACAAAAAUCUUAUAUUAGAUCGAAUCUAUAAUCAAAUACAUAAACUCAUCAAAGAUCUCUAUGCAUGCAAGGUUAUGCAAAAGGGUUUGGAAAUCAUGACAUGCAAUCCCAAAGACUCCCAAGAAUAACUGGAGAAUUAUCUUUACUUUAUACAUUAGGACAACGCAUAAAUGAAGAAAAUCUACGUUGACAAAAUUGCUAAUCAAAUUAUUUAAAAGAGUUUGGAAAUCUUGGAAGGAAACAAUCUAUUGAAACUGCUCUAAAUCCUAUCGAAAUAUGUAAAAAUGGAAUAAUAUUCUUAGAUUCUCAAUAAUAACAAAGAAAAGUUCGAAUUAUCAACAGAUCAAUAUGGAUGUCUGAUUGUCAAUAAGAUAAUUGACAUCUAUCCAAAAUAGUUUGAUAUCUAAACCAAAACCAUUUGUAACGAUAUUAUAGUCAGAGCUAUCGAAAAUUGUUCUUGUCUAACAAGAAGAUAGUAUGCUAACUAUAUUAUUUAAUAAAUAUUGGAGAAAGGACAAGAAGUCCAUAAAAGAUUGCUAAUGGAUCAAUAUCUCAUUAAAGACUUCAUCUCAAUGUCUAUGGAUAAAUAUGGUAGUAAUGUAGCAGAAAAGGCUAUCAUCUAUGCUGGACCACAGUGGAGAUUGAAAUUAUGGGAAGAAGAAGUCUCUAUUUCUGAGAGUUCAUUUAAGAAAUUGAUUAAUGAUCAAUUUGCCAAUUAUCCAGUAUAGAGACUAUUCGAAUAUUUGGAACAAUAAUAAAGAAACGAAUUUAUUGCUUUGCUGAAUAAAUUACAUGAGAACAAUCAACUCAACAAUCAUGGAUAAAUUGUUAUGAAGUUUGCUUUAGCCAAUUAUUCUGUUAAAAGAUAUACUCAAAAGAUUGUCUAGUCAGAGUUAAACAAAUAAAGCAAGAAUUAAGAUAAAAAUAAUAAUACUAACAAUAAGCAGUAGAAAAAUCAGAAGUAACAAUAAAAUCAAUAAAUUCCUCAAUAUUAAUAUUAAUAGUAAUAAUAGUAGUAAUAAUAUCAACAAUAUCAAUAAUAUAAUCAAUAAUAGAUGCAAUAGAUGCUCUUAAAAUAAUAACAACAAUUUAAAUCAUUUGAUCAAUAAUCAUAUCAAGCUGCUGUUAUGCAACAAAUGCUAUUCUUCUAACAACAAUAAUAACAUUUAUUAGCUUAAAUGCCAUAAUUUUAUAAUUAGGAUGCAAAUUAUAUGCCCUAUCCAAUUAUGUCAUAAGAAUAAUAAAUGAUGAUGUUAAGAUGGAUUCAACAGUAGCAACAACUUUGCAAUUCAAAUAUUAAAUUCCAAAAUGAAUAAUAAAAAUGACAAUCAUGUAAAUGAUAAAUAUAUAUAUUAUAUUUAUAAUCAUAAUUCA